GUGGUCUAACAAGGAGCAUUACUACGAAGCUGGCAAAGCCGAAGGCCGCGCUGAGGCGAAGGCGGGGACGAUGGCAGACACGGUGAAGGAAAAGGCGAUGUCCGCCAAGGAGACGGUGGCAGCGAAAACGGAAGAGGUGAAGGAACGGGCUGGGGAGGCGGCGGAGGCAGCGAAGGAGAAGACUUACGAAGGGAAAGAGAAGACGAAAGGUGUGCUGGCUGAGACGGGGGACAAGGUGAAGCAGACAAUUGGGAUGGGUGAACACGACGACGAUCAGGCAACCACCGCCGGUACCGGCGAGCAGAGGGAGACUCAGGAGGAG